AUGUGGUGGUACUGGUAUAGUUGCGGUGGUUGUGGUAGUGGUACUGGUAUGAAUGGCGGUGGUAAUGGUAGUGGUGGUGGUAUUGGUAGUAGUGUUGGUGGUAGUGGUGGUGGUACUGGUAGUAGUGGUGGUACCGGUACUAGUGUUGGUGGUAGUGGUGGUGUUACUGGUACAAGUGUUAAUGGUAGUGGUGGGGGUACUGGUAGUGGUGUUGGUGGUAGUGGUGGUAGUGGUAGUGGUGGUGGUACUGGCAGUAGUGGACGUGGUACUGGUAGUAGUGGCGGUGGUAGUCGUAGUGGUAGUGGUACUAGUACGGUAAUAGUGGCGGUGGUAGUGAUAGUGGUGGUGGUAAUGGUACUUCAAACACAGAAACGCAUAUUUCAUUGUAACAAUAUGGAAGUAGAGGACACAGACAUUGCAAAUUAUAUAGAUGAUAUGAUAGAAUUGCUGCAAGAUGAUAAAGAAAUCAAAGAUAGACAAGAAUCUAAAAAUGCGGUCAAGAAACUGCUUGAGCUAAAGCAGGAAAAGUUUGUAAUAACAACUACAGAUGAAAUGGAAGUCCGUCGUAUUGCAAUGGAUGCAAUCGAAGAGAAGGAAAAGAAUCUUAAACAGAGAAUAGUUGACGCUACGACUGAAAUUGUAGUUAAAACUGAUGAAAGUGAAAAACAGAUAAAGGUGAUAGGUUCAACUAUAAAAGAUGAACUUGCGCAGAAAGUGGUUGAAAUGAAAGAUGAUUUGAGAAAGACUGAAAUCGACUCAAUAGGAAGUCUCGAGAAGAAAGAGAAAGAAAUCAAGGAAGCGCUUAGGAUGAGAGAAAUCGAAUCUGCAAAGAAGAUCGAUCAGAAAGAGAGAGAAAGCAAAGAGAAUUUGAGAGUGACAGAAGUCAACUCAAAAGAGGGACUUAAGCAUGAAGAGAUAGAAAUUAAAAAGACUUUAAGAGUGGUAGAAUUGGAAUCAAAAGGGAGACUAAAUCAGAAAGGAAAAGAAAUUGAAAAGCAUUUAGAACGUAAAGGAGAAGAUAUACUUUAUCAGCUGGAAAGAAAACAGUCAGCUCAGAUUCAAAUCGAGGCCAGGCGUAGUGGAAACAUUAGUAAGGCAGCAGCAGACGAUUUAAUGCAGUCCAGUCCUAAUUAUGAAAGAAUGAGAGCAGCUGUAAUGGCGUUUAAGGCUCUGCAUGGUCGAAAACAGGCAUAA